GUAGGGUGGGAAUAUGCUCAGGAACUAUGGCUGUAGCGUAGAAGAAGAGCAUUGUGAGGAGACGUUCCGGCCUUAGGAAGUGGCGGUGUCUCGUUCCUUGGCCUUGUGCAAGUGAAACCAGAAGGAGAAGAAAAAUCACAUUGAAGAUUUGAGCCUUGAGAGACAGCACAUUGUGAAUAAUGUGGACACUGAAGCCAGGGCAUCCAGGAUCAAGUUAAGGAUCGUGGACGUCAAUUUAAAGGCGCUCAUACACGAACAAAAACAAAAUCUUUCAAGCGUUUGCCGUGCGAAGAAGACGACCUGUAAGCUUUGGGAUCUAGUCAUGUCUCGUAGAAGAAGCCGCAGCCCAUCACCUGGGCGUUACUCCCGCUCCUGCAGCAGUAAUGAUCCCAGAGAUUUGGAGAGACGGAUUUUUGUUGGAAAUUUGCCGACAUCAGACAUGGAAAAGAAGGAUUUGGAAGACCUGUUCAACCAAUAUGGGAAGAUAGUCGGCGUUUCCAUGUUCCGUGGGUUUGGAUUUGUACAGUUUGAACGUGUUGAGGAAGCUGAAGCAGCAAAGGCGGGACAAAAGGGUCGAAUAUAUAAAGGUUAUAAAAUAGAUGUAAAUAUGGCAGUGGAACGACGGCAACCUAAACCUCAAUCCCAGCAGAGCCCUCCACGAAGGGCUCCAUACAGCAGUUAUGGGGACAGCAGAGAUAGCCGACCCCGAUCCCGCUCACCCAUAUAUGGUCGUGAAGCACGUGAGACCCGGGAUGGCCGUGACGGGAGGGAGCCUAGACCAGGUGGCCACCCUCGUGACCAUGAUUCCCGUUACCGUGGCUCAGAGAGCAGAGAGAAGGACCUCAGGAGCGACCCACGGGAUCCUGCUUACAGCAGAGAGGAGUAUGAUCGAUACUAUCGCAGUGGAAGUGGUGCAGAAGACUAUUAUCGGAAGAAAGACGAUCCCUACCGGGACCCUUACAGAGAUCCAUGGAAUGGACGCCGUGAGCCAGAGGCUGUAGAUGAUCGUGGCCGCCCGGAAGAGCGCAGACGUAACGAAUUGUAUCGACAGUACUAUGAAGAACUUCAGCGGCGUUACGACACUGAGCGGCCUGUUGACUGCUCCGUUAUUGUGGUCAACAAGGCACAGAAUAGGGAAUAUGCAGAGACGGUUGGGCGGAAGGUCCGUGAUCUAGGUAUGGUGGUGGACCUGAUCUUCCUCAACACAGAAGUGUCACUGACCCAGGCCCUGGAGGAUGUUGGCCGUGCCCGCACCCCCUUUGCCAUCAUCAUCACCCAGCAGCACCAGGUCCACCGAUCCUGCACUGUCAACAUCUUGUUUGGCACGCCACAAGAGCAUCGAAACAUGCCCAUGCAGGAUGCCAUGAUACUGGUGGCCCACAACUAUGAUGCUUACAAAGUGGAACACCGUGACAAAGAACGAGAAGAGAUUGCCAGGAAGGCUGCCAAGAUGGCCGAUGAUGUGCUGCUCAGGGAGCCUGACAGAGAGAGCCACCCGAUCUCCCUUCUGACCACCAUCACACUGUUGUCUGAGAGCAGAUUUGUAACUCCAGAGGAGCUGGAUAGUCUGAUUGCAUACCUGAAGGACAAAAGAGCUCGCAUGGUACGAGGCAGUGCAGAUCCUCAUGCAGCUGCAACCUCUGUGGCUACCCACCUAGAUUCUCAAGCCCCGUCCUCUGCCCUGGCACCUCCCUCCAGCCACAUUGGCUUAGCACCUGUCUCCAGCACUCCACCUAACCCCAGCCACCAGCAGGAGCUGCAGGCUAAAAUCCUCAGCCUGUUCAACAGUGGUACAGGUGCGUCAACAGGAGGUGUACCACCACCAUCAGCCAGCUCCUCCCUGUCCUCCCAGGCCUAUGGCUCCAUGGGCCAGCACCCCUCAGGCCUGUCCCACUCCUCCUCAGGGCUCCCACCCCCUUCACAGAGCUCACAAAUGUUAGUAGCCCGGCCGUCAAUGGCCCCAGCUGGCCCUUCAUCAGGUGCAUCUCAGGGGUACGGCAUUCCACCAGGCCGCAUGCCAGCCAUGCCGGGCAGCCAGAGACCCCCCAGCUCAGCUUCAGGCAUCAACUUUGACAGCCCGAGUGUCCAGAAAGCCUUGGACACCCUCAUCCAGAGUGGACCAUCAAUCAACCACCUCGUGAGCUCUGGUAGCUCACAGCAGCAACCUCCCAGGUCGGGACCCAGCAUGGGCCAGGCUCCACCCAUGUCCAUUUAUCCCCGACAUUACUGAUAGCUUUUGUAGUGAAGAAAUCCUGUCUCCUAAUGUACGGUCCAGCCCUGUGAUCCAAACAGACCACACAUAAAUUUCUGUUCAGUGAAUUCACCAGCUGUGUGUGUGUGUGUGUGUGUGUGCGCAUAUAUAGAUUGAAUGUAGACAGAUUGUUUUGAUUAUCAUAUUUGUGAACGCUUUUAAUGCUUUUUUUUUUUAUUUUAUUAUGGAUAUUGUGCUCGGUUGUUUAAAUUUAGUGACUUGUUAAGACUAUUUGGUGGUCUGGCAUUUUCACUUCUAACUGACCAGAGGUUCUUAUUCAGUCUUCAGUGCGAAUUGAACUAUCAGGCAGUAUUGCAUGUGUACAGGAUAGUUUGGUUCAGUGGACUCCUGAGUUCUUUUCCAAACAUGACCUCUGUAAACUGUUGUCAUAAUGUAGUUUUUGCUCCACAAAACUUUUUGGAAAAUUUGUAACAUUGUUUUCAUUGUUGAACAAAAUAUGAUUGAAGACUCAAACACAUUUACUGUAAUAAAAUGGUAUUGGUUUAUUGCAUUUUGUGCUGACAAAUCUAUAAAAUGGAACGGGUAUCGCCAGAAGCCAUAGAGAUAUAAGCAUUUGAAAUGUAAGAUAAAACUACUUUUUCC